AUGAAGCUUGUGGUGCUCGCUGUCGUGCUGGCGUGCUGCGCCUGCGUGUGCUCGGCACAGGUCCGGGGCGGCGUGCACUGCGGCCGGGAGCUGUCGGAGACGCUGGCGACGUUGUGCUGGGGCCCCGAGCUCAGCAAGCGCAGCUGGUGGGUGCCGCCGGCGGGCGCGCUGGCUGGCGUGCGCGGCAAGCGGGGGCUGGUGGACGAGUGCUGCAGCAAGGCCUGCACUAUAGACGAGCUGAUGAUGUACUGUUAG